AUGCGCCGGUUGAGACCCCUGGGCUUCGUGGACCAGGUCCAACUUGCGAUGAAUCAUGAGGAACCCAGGGGAAUAUCCAUGGCGGAGCCUCUCACGGGGCUGGCGACCAUCCAGGAGGAUAGCCCCUUACAGGUCGGGGUUUUGGGUGUCACCACGCCAUCCUCCUUUCCCCCGGCAGCUCCUCCUCCGCCCAUCAGUGACACUCAGAAGCUCUCAGAGUUGAGGAUUGUGUUAAUGGGGUCUAGAGGAGCUGGGAAGAGUUCAUCAGGAAACAUCAUCCUGAACAGAGAAGAGUUUGACUUGAAGAGAACUGCUGAGUGUGUGAAGAGACAGAGAGAAGUAGCAGACAGACACAUCACUGUCAUAGAAGCUCCAGGAUGGUGGAUUGAUGUUCCUGUAGAUCAGAGCUCAGAGUUACUGAAACAAGAGAUUUUACUCAGUGUGUCUCUGUGUCCUCCAGGACCUCAUGUUGUUCUACUGGUUAUACAUGUGGACACUAGAUUUACAGAGGAUGAGAGAAAAGUUUUGCAGGGUUAUGUGGAUCUUCUCGGUGAGAGAGUCUGGAGUCACACUAUAGUGCUCUUCACUCAUGGAGACUUUCUAGGAGACACAUCUAUAGAGCAACACAUUGAGAGUGAAGGAGAGGAUCUCCAGUGGCUGGUGGAGAAAUGUGGGAACAGAUAUCAUGUUCUCAACAAUAAUAACAGCAGUGAUGACACUCAGAUCAAACAUCUGCUGGAGAAGAUAGAGGAGACAGUGAUGAAAAACAACGGCUGCCAUUUUGAAAUAGACAGAAAGAUUUUACAGAGGAUGAAAGAACGAAGGCGAGCAGAAGAAGAGAGAGCAGAAGAACGAAUGAUGAGGAUGAAGAAACAGAGAGAGAUGAUCAGAUCACAGAUGUGUGACACUCAGAAGCUCUCAGAGUUGAGGAUUGUGUUAAUGGGGUAUAAAUGUGCUGGGAAGAGUUCAUCAGGAAACAUCAUCCUGAACAGAGAAGAGUUUGACUUGAAGACAACUGCUCAGUGUGUGAAGAGACAGAGAGAAGUAGCAGACAGACACAUCACUGUCAUAGAAGCUCCAGGAUGGUGGAUGAACGUACCUGUAGACCAGAGCCCUGAGUUACUGAAACAAGAGAUUUUACUCAGUGUGUCUCUGUGUCCUCCAGGACCUCACAUUGUUCUACUGGUUAUACGUGUGGACAUUAGAUUUAAAGAAACUGAGAGAAAAGUAUUUCAGGGGUAUGUGGAUCUUCUCGGUGAGAGAGUCUGGAGUCACACUAUAGUGCUCUUCACUCAUGGAGACUUUCUAGGAGACACAUCUAUAGAGCAACACAUUGAGAGUGAAGGAGAGGAUCUCCAGUGGCUGGUGGAGAAAUGUGGGAACAGAUAUCAUGUUCUCAACAAUAACAACAGCAGUGAUGACACUCAGAUCAAACAUCUGCUGGAGAAGAUAGAGGAGACAGUGAUGGAAAACAACGGCUGCCAUUUUGAAAUAGACAGAAAGAUUCUACAGGUGGUGGAGGAGAGAAGGAGAGCAGACAAGAGUGCAAAAGAGCGAAUAAAGAGGAUGAAGAAACAGAGAGAGAUGAUCAGAACACAGAUGAGUGACACUCAGAAUCUCUCAGAGUUGAGGAUUGUGUUAAUGGGGUAUAAAGGAGCUAGAAAAAGUUCAUCAGGAAACAUCAUCCUGAACAGAGAAGAGUUUGACUUGAAGAGAACUGCUCAGUGUGUGAAGAGACAGAGAGAAGUAGCAGACAGACACAUCACUGUCAUAGAAGCUCCAGGAUGGUGGAUGAGUACACCUGUAGAUCAGAGCCCUGAGUUACUGAAACAAGAGAUUUUACUCAGUGUGUCUCUGUGUCCUCCAGGACCUCAUGUUGUUCUACUGGUUAUUCGUGUGGACAUUAGAUUUAAAGAGGACGAGAGAAAAGUAUUUCAGGGGUAUGUGGAUCUUCUCAGUGAGAGAGUCUGGAGUCACACUAUAGUGCUCUUCACUCAUGGAGACUUUCUAGGAGACACAUCUAUAGAGCAACACAUUGAGAGUGAAGGAGAGGAUCUCCAGUGGCUGGUGGAGAAAUGUGGGAACAGAUAUCAUGUUCUCAACAAUAACAACAGCAGUGAUGACACUCAGAUCAAACAUCUGCUGGAGAAGAUAGAAGAGACUGUGAUGGAAAACAACGGCUGCCAUUUUGAAACAGACAGAAAGAUUCUACAGGUGGUGGAGGAGAGAAAAAUAGCAGACAAGAGUGCAAAAGAGCGAAUAAAGAGGAUGAAGAAACAGAGAGAGAUGAUCAGAACACAGAUGAGUGACUCCCAUCAUCUCUCAGAGUUGAGGAUUGUGUUAAUGGGGUCUAGAGGAGCUGGAAAGAGUUCAUCAGGAAACAUCAUCCUGAACAGAGAAGAGUUUGACUUGAAGAGAACUGCUCAGUGUGUGAAGAGACAGAGAGAAGUAGCAGACAGACACAUCACUGUCAUAGAAGCUCCAGGAUGGUGGAUUGAUGUUCCUGUAGAUCAGAGCCCUGAGUUACUGAAACAAGAGAUUUUACUCAGUGUGUCUCUGUGUCCUCCAGGACCUCAUGUUGUACUACUGGUUAUACGAGCAGACUAUAGAUUUAAAGAGGAUGAGAGAAAAGUAUUUCAGGCAUAUGUGGAUCUUCUCGGUGAGAGAGUCUGGAGUCACACUAUAGUGCUCUUCACUUGUGGAGACUUUCUAGGAGACACAUCUAUAGAGCAACACAUUGAGAGUGAAGGAGAGGAUCUCCAGUGGCUGGUGGAGAAAUGUGGGAACAGAUAUCAUGUUCUCAACAAUAACAACAGCAGUGAUGACACUCAGAUCAAACAUCUGCUGGAGAAGAUAGAAGAGACAGUGAUGAAAAACAACGGCUGCUGUUUUGAAAUUUUACAGCAGGUGAAUGAGAAAAGAAGAGCUGAGGAAAAGAAAGCAACAUCACAGAUGAUGAGUGAAGAUGAGACGUCUGAUACAGUCUCUCUGGGAAUUUCUGCUUAUGGUUCAUUCAGAUCUCGAUCAGGUGCAGACAACAGCUCAGUUUUUGCAUCAUCACGCUCUAAAGACUUUCCUGUCUCAUUUGCUGAUGGAUCAUACAACAAGAAAUUACAACAACCAUUGAGGAGUGAAGAUGAGAUGUCUGAUUCAGUCUCUCUGGGAAGUUCCGGAUAUGGUUCAUUCAGAUCUCGAUCAAGUGACAACAGUUCAGUUUUUGCAUCAUCACGCUCCAGUGACUCCAAAGAUUUACCUACCAAUUUUGCAGAUGGAUCUGUACCCUCCACUCCUCAGUCUGUAGAACAUUCACACAUCAAAAAAACCAAGAACACAUCCACGAUCUUAAAAUUAUUAAGAGGCAAACAGAAUUAAUGAGGAGAAAAACAUGUAAUGUUAUUUGUCCUAAAGAAAACAAAUGAAUGAAAUAAUUUGUACCUGACUCAACACAAAUUCUGUGACAAAGAAUUUUCCAUCUAUUUAAUAAAUUCAAACUAAACUACUACCUUUUUUCCCAAUAAUAGUUUAACUGAUACAGAUAACUAACAUCACUAAACCAAUUACACAGAGCAGGGAAUACAGUUUGUGAUCAAGGUCAUUUACACGGAUGACAUUGUUGAUAUUUUGUACAGUAACUGGCAUUACAUUUAAUGCUUUAUCAUGUAAAUAUAAUAAUGGAAAAUAUUUUUAUGUACUAAUCGCAAUCAGAAAUUCUUCAAUAAAUUGCUCAGUUCAACCAUAAU